AAGGAGACAAUGGGAAAAGCCAGGUCAUCUGUCUGAUAAUCUUUAUUGUAGAAGUAACUGCUGUUCACGAGUCUCUAGUAGACUCACAUGCAGAUCCCAGCUCCAUCAGUGAAGAGUCAGAUCUUGGGGGUCACCGGCUGGGGUGGAGCCUAGGCCUCUCGGUAACUGCACUCAUGGAUUCCUAACGUGUUAGGAACCCCUUCCCCUCCAGCCCAGUCAAUGGCCUGGGAGAGAAAAGGCUGCCACCAGGCGGGUCUGGGGCUCCGCCCUUGGCAUCGCCCUGCCCCGCGCGCCAGGUGCCCGCCGAGCUUCGUGCGCGGUGCAGGCCCAGGCUGCGCGGCCCUCCGCGUGCUCAAAUUCAAAAGAGGCAAAGCCCCGCGGGGCGGCGCCGGUAGAGACGUCGAGGCCGGGCCGAGUGGGUCGUGGCUGCGCUCACUGCCCCGGCCGAUCGGCCCCAGGUGUGCUGCGUUCCCGGGACGCCGCGGAGGCUGGAGGAGUCUGCGGUGGACGAUGAUGGCUGCGGAGCCCUGGGUCGCUGGGUCGCUGGCCCUGGGCCCUGGAGAAGCACCGCCUUCGGACGAAUUGGGACCCGGGCCGCCGCCCUAUGGAGACCCCUCGUGGUCACCCGCCAGGAGACCCGAGGCCUCAGCGGAGCAGGAGCCCCUGCGGGCACAGCAGCUGAUGGAAGCCCCAGCCCCCGCGUCUUCCCAGGAGCCACUGGCAGGGGAGCUCGGGCCGGCCCAGGCUCGCCUCCCACUGGACUCCAUGUUCAGCCCCAUCACUGACCAGCUCCGUUACCUGCUCAGGAAGGCGGAUGACUUUCAAAGCUACUUGUUCUACAGCAGGGACCGAGUACAGAAGGAACAGCUAGCCAAGGCCAUGCCCACCUUCCUAACAAUGUGUGAGCCUUACUUCCUGUACCUUGAGGCUGCUGCAAGGAGCGUCCCUCCCAUCUACGGAGCCCUGCAGGAGCUGGUCCGGAAGGGGCUGUUGGAGAUCUCCCAGCAGCUAACGCUGCGCUUGGAACAGUUAGUUCUCAUGUAUGCCUCCUUCGGGUUCGUGGACCUGGAGGAAACUAACCCUUUGAGCAUCUCCUGCUUCUUCUGCGGGAGGUUCUCCAUUAGCCCUUCCCACGAUGUGUCCAUCUUCCGAUACUGCACCCCAGCUGCGUACACUGCCAGUCAUUUCCCGAGAUACCUCUACAAGAAGAUGCGCUGGAACCUAGAGACCACCACAGAGGCCAGCAGCCAGGGACAAGACUCCCACGUGGAUUACUACUUCUUAUGUUAUCGCGAUACAUGGGAGGAUGCAGGCCAGGGUCCAGGCAAUUCGUGCCCCCAAAUCCAGAAACUCUGGUCCAUCGGCCGGUGGAUUCCCCUAGGACCAGCAGAGGAUGACCUUGAUUCAUGGAUUUUGUGCCCGCAGCCACCCGGGGACUACCAGCAGCUACUAACCAUCGGCUUCGAGGAGCCGUCGCAUGUGCUGGCCACCGACCUGCUGGUACAGAUCCUCACGGGCCAGGUAGACCCCACCCGGCCCCCCAGCGCAGCCGGGCCCUCGGCUUGGGCUGCCCCGGCAUCCUGAGCCCCAGGAGAAGACGCCAGCCCCGGCCUGAUAACCCCAACUCCAGGCAGGAACAGGGGCGGGCUGCACUCAGUACGCCGCGGCACGGGCCACCGAACACCAAGUGCAGACACUUUUCUGUUAAUAAAAGAGCGAGGUCAGAGGUUCUAUGUCUCCUGUGAGCACUGCGUCCCUCCCCUGGGGGCGGGUAGUCCCGCUCACCGAGG